CACGACACCCUCACUGGUGCAAUGUAAAUCUCAACGUUGAUUACGGAUUUUUUACAUCCCAAACUGGCAACUUGUACGUUGUUCAGGGGGAGGCGCUAGUACGCAGUAGUUUCUGGAAGGAACCUCAUGCUUGCACCAUGGAGAAAGUUUCAGCAUUGAAAGACCAGGGCAACAAGGCGCUGAGUGCAGGGAAUAUUGAUGAGGCUGUACGCUGCUACACUGAAGCUGUGGCCCUUGACCCUUCAAACCAUGUCCUGUUCAGUAACCGCUCAGCUGCCUACGCCAAGAAAGGCAACUAUGAGAAUGCUCUCCAGGAUGCCUGUCAGACCAUCAAGAUCAAGCCUGACUGGGGCAAAGGCUACUCCCGCAAAGCCGCAGCAUUGGAAUUUCUUGGCAGAUUGGAGGAUGCUAAAGCAACUUACCAAGAGGGACUCCGGCAAGAGCCAAAUAAUCAGCAGCUAAAGGAGGGUUUACAGAACAUUGAGGCCCGGCUUGCAGAGAAAUCAAUGAUGAACCCCUUCGCCAUGCCCAACUUGUAUCAGAAGCUGGAGAGUGAUGCUCGUACUCGUGAGCUCUUGUCUGAUUCCAGCUACAGAGAACUGCUAGAGCAGCAGAACAAACCAUCGGAGCUUGGAACAAAGCUGCAGGAUCCCAGAGUGAUGACUACACUCUCUGUGCUGCUGGGACUGAACCUCUCUGAGAUGGAAGAAGAAGAGGAGCCCACUCCUCCUCCUCCACCCAAACCCAAAGACACUAAGCCACCUCCUCCCAAAGAGGAAGACCUUCCUGAAAACAAGAGAAAUGCAUUGAAGGAAAAAGAACUUGGGAAUGCUGCCUAUAAGAAUAAGGACUUUGAAAAGGCGCUGAAACAUUAUGAAGAAGCAGUCAAACAUGACCCCACCAACAUGACUUACAUAUCUAACCAAGCAGCUGUGUACUUUGAGAAGGGAGAAUUUGAGAAGUGCCGAGAGCUGUGUGAGAAGGCCAUUGAUGUUGGCAGAGAGAACCGGGAAGAUUACAGACAAAUUGCAAAGGCCUUGGCUAGGAUUGGCAACUCGUACUUCAAGCAGGAGAAAUACAAAGAAGCAGUUCAGUAUUUCAAUAAGAGUUUGACGGAGCAUCGCACUCCUGACGUCUUGAAGAAGUGUCAACAGGCAGAGAAGAUAUUGAAGGAGCAGGAGAAAAUGGCCUACAUCAACCCCGAAUUAGCCCUGGAAGAGAAGAACAAGGGCAACGACGCCUUCCAGAAAGGAGACUACCCCUUAGCCAUGAAACAUUACAGUGAGGCCAUCAAGAGAAACCCCAGUGACGCUAAACUCUUCAGUAACAGAGCUGCCUGCUACACAAAGCUGUUGGAGUUUCAACUUGCCCUGAAGGAUUGUGAGGAGUGCAUCAAACUUGAGCCCACCUUCAUAAAAGGCUACACGCGUAAAGGAGCUGCCUUGGAGGCCAUGAAAGAUUAUUCAAAAGCCAUGGAUGUGUACCAGAAGGCUCUGGAGCUUGACUCAUCCUCAAAGGAAGCCACAGAAGGCCUGCAGCGCUGCAUGGUCAGUCACGCCACAAGGAAUGACAGUCCUGAAGACGUGAAGAAAAGGGCAAUGGCUGAUCCCGAGGUGCAGCAGAUUAUGAGUGACCCAGCCAUGCGCAUGAUCCUCGAGCAAAUGCAAAAGGACCCCCAGGCACUUAGCGACCACUUAAAGAAUCCAGUAAUUGCUCAGAAGAUUCAGAAGCUCAUUGAUGUUGGACUGAUAGCCAUUCGUUGAUAAGAACCAAUAUCCAGAUGUGUGAAGAAACUCCCAAGACAACAAUGGAACAAUGUGGAAAUCCCUCCAAAAUAUCACGUCUCUUUUCUUGCCUUCAAAUUCAAAAUUAUAUUGUCUUUAGUCUCACUGAGACUUAGUGUGUACGUUAUGUUUUUUUAAAAAAAAAGUUACAGAACUUUACAGUGUAUUUAAGAAAGCAACUUGUAUAUCAUUUGAAAAACUUAAGGACACCAGAAAACGUCAUUUGGAAACUGCAGUCGUGUACAGAAGCUUAAAUUCAUCUUAAAGUCAACAGCACAAUUUAGUGCACCAGCACGCUCAGAGUUUAGGGAGGGGAAAGGGGAAAUCCACCUUGAGGCUGUUCACAUAUCCCUAUUGAUUCAUGGUUUAAGGAAAUGAAACAAAAAAAAAACAAUUUCUGUACUCAAAAAUCAAGAUUGGAAUGUAAAUCACAAAUUGUCAACAUUGGACGUUGUUCUGAACUCUUUACAACUUAACUAAACAUGGUGCUUUAAAAUUGAGGCGUGAAGUUUGUUGUCCCUCCAUGUUUCCUUUCUUUUGGUCUUCUCACAUGUCAGGUGGAAAGCUGAAUCUUCUCGCCACUUAUAAGCAUGUCAGGUAUUUUUGUUUUUUGUUUUUCAGCCCUGCUGUCUUUUUCUUACAGGUUGAUAUUUGUGUACAGCUAACAUCAGGAAAGCGUUGAGCGUUUCCUUGAUUGUGUUUGAGAGGAUGGAUGUAGACAAAUUAUAACUGGGACUUGAUGGAUAUUACUCAUUGCCUUUAAGAUAGGGAUAUUUUGCCCCAAUAAAAGAUUUAAGAUGGAUCCUUAACGGUUUAUUAAACAAGUUCAUACAGCAAUUAAGGCUCCCAUGUUAUUGCUUUUCUGUGUUAGCAAAAAACAAAAAAACUUGGAGGUAAAGCUCUUGUGCCAGUUCCAACAAGAAUUCCGUGGACAAUACACUGCUCUGUGAGCAGGAAUUGAACUGGCACAACAGUCCUCGCACAGUGUCAUGAUUGUCUGGUUUAAACUUUGUUCAGGAAACUGGAGCUGUGUCAAUAAUUGAAGUUACUUCAACUUUUCAAGAUUUCAAGAUAAUGGGAAUAAUGUGACAGAUUUGGGUGGAUUUACCUUUCUAAGCAAGCAACUAAUUGUUGAGGGUUCGCAAUUCUCUCACUUCAUGAUGCGUCUUAAAUGUUUGUCAGCUUGUCUUAGAGUACUGAAGCCUCAGUGCUACCUGUCGCUACUUCCUAAUGUGUGUUUUGCGAAAUUGUGCCAACCUCCCACAGCGGCAGACUGCUUAGCUUCUGUUUUCAGAAGGGAUACAUGAGUGUUAAUAUUGCUGACCAUUAUGCAUCAUGCAGCCUCAGACACCUCAAAGUCACCACAUUGUCAUAGUAUCUCUGCUGUGGUUUCUAAGAGCGACUCAAAUAUAUUAGAUAUUAACUGUGACACAUUUUUGUUUUUACAUUUCCACAGCAGAAAUUGGGGAUGUGGGCAUUUUUACCAUCAAAGUCCUGUUGUAACCAUAAACUACAUGCAACAAGCGUGGUACUCUCACAUGAUGUAAAGGAAACUGUCCAAGAAGUGUAAUGUAAUAAUGGAAAUCGGUUUUACUCUGAAAUAUACAGUAUCUGAAUGUA